AAACUUCACCCCGGAUACAUCCAUUUUCGUUUCCGGGUUAAGUUGUGCAUCCUGUAGUCACGUUGGAGUCCAAAUCAACACAGUUUUCAGACGCUGAAACGUAAGAGUCGUUGGUAUUUGGCGAUGUGGUGGUGGUGUUGAGGCUCAGAGAGACGCCAACAUGAAGAACAGAGGUGGUGGCUGGUUGGACAGUCGGCUCAGACAGAGAGUGGAGCAGUAUCUGGUGUCCAGCAACAGUGAAUAUGUGGACCUUUCAGCCAUGGCCCUGGAGCUUCAAAAACUUUACAGAAUGGAGUAUGGCAGAAGAAACAAGACAGCUUUCAGGAUUCAAGUAGAGAAAGUGUAUGACGCAAUCAUGAAGGAUCCUGGGCUGAAUCUUCUGGAGAGCAAACACUUGGCUAAGAGAGCCAAGCACAGCCAUAAUGACACUGGUGAAGGCGGCAGCAGUUCAGAGGAGUCUUCUGACAGUGAUGACCACAUUCUGGAGAGUGCUCCCACCAACCACAUGAACAGCUCUCUUACAUCUCUGUACCGGAAGGGAAAUCCUGACUCUGGCACUUGUUCACCCAGGAGAGAUCAGCCUGCUGCCAGCAAUCCUGUCAGCACAGCCACCUCCACUCCCAGUGCAGGGACACUGGUUUCCACAGGAGGCUGGUUCAUCGAUAGAGGGGCAGGCCCUGAGAAGAGCAUCUUCAUUGACCUGUGUGAUGAGGAACCAACUAAUACAGCAACAAAUCAGACAGAUGUGUCCAUGCUGGAGCCUGAGAAAUCUCACAGAAAGUCUAAAAAAAGGACAAAGAGCUCAGCUGAAACAGCGGAGUCUCGCACCCUGAUCAAGAAAGCAAAAUCAAAGUCACCAGAGCUUCAGUAUCCCACUCUGACUUUUGAAGAUGUGGGAGGUAAUGAAGAUACAUUAACGGAAGUGUGCAAGCUGCUGGUCCACAUGCGUCACCCAGAGGUGUACCAGCAUCUGGGAAUGGUUCCUCCAAGGGGUUUCCUCCUCCAUGGACCUCCUGGCUGUGGAAAGACCCUGCUGGCUCAGGCUGUGGCUGGUGAGCUACAGUUGCCCAUGUUGAAGGUGUCUGCUCCAGAGCUGGUGUCAGGAGUAUCUGGGGAGUCUGAACAGAAGCUCAGAGAGCUGUUCGACUUGGCUGUGAGCUCUGCCCCAUGUAUCCUGUUCAUAGAUGAGAUAGAUGCCAUUACCCCUAAGAGAGAGGUGGCCUCUAAAGACAUGGAGAGGAGGAUUGUAGCCCAGCUGCUAACCUGCAUGGACGAUUUGAACAGUCUGACAGUGACAGCUCAGGUCCUGGUCAUCGGUGCCACCAACAGGCCAGACUCCCUGGACCCCGCCCUCCGCAGAGCUGGACGCUUUGACAGAGAGAUCUGCCUGGGUAUUCCUGAUGAAGCAGCUCGCCUCAGGAUCUUGAAGACGUUGUGUCGAAAGCUGAAGCUGCCGGAAAACUUUGACUACCAGCAGCUGGCCCGUCUCACCCCAGGCUAUGUAGGCGCUGACCUCAUGGCUCUGUGCCGCGAAGCUGCCAUGACUGCUGUAAACAGGGUUCUGUUGGAAGUAAGAGGGUGGCUGCAGAGCCAAACCCAAAGCUCUCCUAAAGAGCUGUUAACAGGCAGUGUUCAGACUGAGACUGCUGUGACAGGCGGAGAGGUCAGAGAGCAAGAGACAACAGACAUCAACCCAGCAUCUCAGGAAGAGCCAGGACAGAGUCACCUGCAGCAGGGGGAGUUAUGGCAUCUCCUGCACCUACUGAAGAAUACUGAGACACUGUCAGAGGAAGAGCUGGCCAGCCUGUCCAUCCUCAUGUCAGACUUCCAGGCCUCCCUGACCAGUGUACAGCCUUCAGCCAAGAGGGAGGGCUUCGCCACUGUGCCUGACGUCACCUGGGAGAAUGUGGGAGCCCUGCAGGAUAUCAGAGAAGAGCUCACCAUGGCCAUACUGGCUCCUGUACGUUCUCCAGAGCAGUUCAGAGCUCUAGGGCUCAGUGCUCCAUCUGGAGUGCUGCUGGCUGGACCUCCAGGAUGUGGAAAAACACUGCUGGCCAAGGCAGUGGCCAAUGAGUCAGGCCUCAACUUCAUCUCUGUCAAGGGACCAGAGCUGCUCAACAUGUAUGUGGGAGAGAGUGAGCGAGCUGUCAGACAGGUCUUCCAGAGAGGACGCAACUCAGCUCCAUGUGUCAUCUUCUUUGAUGAGAUUGAUGCUCUGUGUCCUCGCCGCUCAGGCCAUGAGGCAGGGGCCAGUGUGCGGGUGGUCAACCAGCUGCUAACAGAGAUGGAUGGCUUAGAGACUCGACGGCAGGUCUUCAUCAUGGCUGCAACUAACAGACCAGAUAUCAUUGACCCUGCAAUACUGAGGCCAGGUCGUCUAGAUAAAACCUUGUAUGUGGGACUGCCCCCUCCAGCGGAUCGCCAUGCCAUCCUGGUCACUAUCACUAAGGGAGGGACCAAACCUCAGCUGGAGCAGGAUGUCAGUCUUGAGGAGAUCGCUUUUGAUGAGCGCUGUGAUUGCUUCACUGGAGCUGACCUGACUGCUUUAGUGAGGGAAGCAUCAGUCAAUGCCCUGAGGGCCUACAUCAAGUCCCAGAAUUCCCCAGCUGUUUCCUCUGGUCAUGCAUACUCCUCUGGCUCUGUCGCAGACAUCAGAGUCAGCAAACAGAACUUUGAGGAUGCCUUCAAGAAAGUUCGUCCAUCCGUGUCCAAAAAGGACCAGAGGACAUAUGAGCAGCUCAGGGAAUCUCUCAGCAGAUAACUGCAAGAACAGAACCGAGAACCAGCCACAGACUUUUCCACUCAAUAAUUUUAUGUUGUGUAUGUAUACACGUCAUUAUGGUUGAAUCAUGAUACUUUUCUAAUAAAACUGUUUAUGGAAACCAAAAGCAAA